ACUUAAAACUUCAGUCGACUCUGUCACUUCGGCAAAGGCUAUGCCUAAAAUUAUAUUCUUUGUUCUUAGUCCGGAGCGCAAACGAAAAUUCUAUUAAUGCAGUAGUAACAGUAACUAUAGUUUAUAAAAAAAAAUACGGGUAAACGUUCACAUUACGAUUUAUGAUGAAAAAACUUUAAACAAUUAGUGAGAAAAUUGUGUAACUAUGAAUUCAUCACAGCAAUUAAAGAAGUUUGGUUUAUUUCAACAAUGGUUGGCGGGUACUGAAUUAUUCCUGCUAUCGGUGAUGGUGGGUGCAAUAGCAGGAUGGACUUCACCAUACUUGGCUAAAUUGGACGAAAUAGAGAAUCCAGAUUCUGAACUACCAAUAAAUAAAGUCGAGGCUUCAUGGAUAGCAUCGCUCAUCAAUCUUUCCCGGCCAGCUGGUGCAAUUUUAGGAGCAAUAUUUACUCAUAUUAUCGGCACAAAAUUAUCUUCGCUGUUUGUUGGAAUACCAAUAGCACUAGGCUGGGUCUUAUUUCUCAUCCAGAAUUCGGUGACUUUUAUUUAUGCGUCACGUACACUUGGAGGUAUCGGAUUCGGAAUGUUUUUCAGUUGUUUUCCACUGUACAUCGGAGAAAUUUCGCAUCCCAAGAUUCGAGGUGCAUUAGUAGCUUUAGUUAUGCAAGGUCUUAUGGUAGGAAAUUUAUGUGGCACGAUAAUAGGAAAAUUCGUUGAUAUGUGGGUUUAUGCAGCCAUAAUUCUUGUGCCAAAUUUAAUAUUUUUAGUUUCAUUUGGUUUAAUGCCACAUACACCACACUAUUUAAUACGUUGUAAUAAAAUAGAAAAAGCUGCCAAAUCGAUUGAAUUUUAUGAUCGAAAUGCUGACGUCACAAAUCAACUCGAAGAUCUUAAAGAAUUCAUCCAGUUAAAUCAGUCAUUGACAUUUAGAGAUACGAUACGUGAAUUGAAUACACCAGUGAAUCGGAAAGCAUUAAUAAUGGUCAAUAUUGUUUUUGCUUUUUUUCAACUCAGUGGCAAUUACACAGUAAAUGCCUACAUGGAAAUUUUGUUAACGAAAGCGGGUAUAAACGUUAUAGUGCCUUCAACUUUAGUAAUUAGUGGGAACGUUGUAAGCAUUAUUUCUAGUUGGUUAUCAAUUUACACGAAUGAUAAGUACGGUAGACCUCUGAUGCUUCUGAUUUCUUCUACCGGUGUAGGAAUCGCGAUGUUUUUAUGGGGGCUUCAUUAUCAAUUAUUGGAUCUCAGUUUCGAUAGUCCAAAUUUGCAGUGGAUCUCUAUAGUUGCAUUAGUUAUAUAUCAAAUGUCAGCUCCCGUAGGCUUGCUGCCGGUACCCUCUACAUUGAUUAGUGAAAUGUUUGCACCAAAUGUAAAAAAUCUCAGUGCUUCGAUCAGCAGUGUAAUAUCUGGAUUAUGUGCAUUUGCUGCAAGCAGAAGUUAUCAACCUAUGGUAGAUGUAUUAUCUGAGAAAUAUGUAUUUUGGAUUUAUAGUUUACUCAUGAUUAUUUCGGGACUAUACUCAAUAAUUUUUAUUCCUGAGACAAAAGGUAAAUCUCUUGCGGAAAUACAACAAAUGUUAUCUCAAGGUGUUAAAGUAAAAUCAAAUAAUAAAAAUAAACAAAAAGAUGAAAUUAAAGUUACUGAAAAAAUAUGACAGUUGUGAUAUAGAUUAAAUUAUUUUAAUUUAUAUGAUUAUAAUGACUAUGAUUUUUUUUAUAUUUUAUAAUUAUAUUUGUUUCUGAUAAAAAUUAAAUUCUAAGCAAACUCUAAAGUCUAAAUUUAUAAAUUCUUAAUCUUUACGUUUUAUUUUAAUUCCAUUUUCAUUAUUCAUUAUUAUUUCGAGAUACAAGUGUAGAAAAAUAUAAGUUUACAAAAUUUCAAUCAAUAAUAAAAAUAUUAUUAGUAUGUAGUUUCAACUGUGAAGUAUUCAAACUAAUGCAAGUGUGAAGACAUAGUUUAAGUAAAAUAAAAAAUGCUCAUUUUUGAAAUUGUAUUUUUAACUGAAAUAAUUUUCAUUUCCUAAUAAGUGGAAAUUUUUUCCCGAUAAUUACUUUUUGUCAACUAAUGGAGCCAUUAAAAUAAUAGAUAAAUUUACUUAUUUUUUAUUACCCUGAUAAUUUUAAUCUUACUCACAAGACAAUGAUUGUGAAAGAGACCGCGUGUACUUGUAUACGUUAUAUAUAUUAAUAUUUAAAUAUAUAUUUAUAAUUUUGUUCUUAUUCGAAGAUAUGCUUCGUCACUUUUAUUUAUUUUGAAACCAAAAGUAGGCUCGUUAUCGAUAAAUUUGACUUUAUUAUUAAAUUUAGUUAUUUGACUUUAUAUAUGAAACAGAUGAAAAUAAGUAAAAACAAGCCGAGAUAGAGAGUGAAAAUUGUUCUACACCACAUGCUAAAAAUUGCACAUAUUCUGCUAUUGAACUUUGCUCAUCGAAUCGUAAUCACCUAUAACAUCUGCAGAAAUAUAUGUACAUAGACAAUCGAUUUUAUAAAGUUUUUACCAUUGAAUAACAGGACAAAAUUGAACUACAAAAAUCUAAAUCAAUUUUAUUUAGUCGUAUUUUAUGAUAGCAUCAAAUUCCGGCAGCAAAAAAACAAGAAACUAUUUAUUCGUUUAAAUAAAAUGAAAUAAAUUUAUUCCGUAUUUCUACUGAUGUUUAAACAUCAUUAAGAUUUAAUCAAAUAUAAAUAUCAUUAAUUUACUCAAGGAUACGUAGUGUAUAAUUAAUCACUGUAGCAAAUGAAAAAAUAAAAUUACAACAAUAACCCUCUCCAUUUUAGUAUUAAAUGUUCAUUAGGACGAUGUAUUUUAUCUUAUCAUCUCGUCUCUUAUUUACCAACGUACAAUAUUCCACUAAGAGUCUAAAAUAUAAGAAAAAGUACACAAUAUAACGCAAUAACCAUAUGACGGGUAAUGUCAAAAUUAUUAAAUAAAAUUCAAAACGUUUACCUCCUGACAUUCAGUCUCGACAAAACAUACAAACAUAACUGUGUAAUAAAACUAACAUUCAAAUGUUCCUAAAGGAGAAUUUUAUACAUGACUAGCUAUAAUCUACAAAGCCAUAAGCAUAAAAAUAACUUUUAUUCUUAUGCAAUGAGGAUUUACUAACGAUUGGUCUUCGUCAUAUCAGACUAAAUUGACAGACGAUAAAUCAGUUGAGAAAGCAACUUGGAUAGCAUCAAUUCUAAAUCUAGGACGUGAAUUUAAAGCCGUCACAGGUGCGGUACUUGUGCAUAUAAUUAUGGAAGCAAGAUGAGUCUUGUACUUACUUGUGCUUACUCAUCUCAUAAUGUUAUGUUAUAAAUGAGCAAGAAACAAGUUUGUCACACAGUGAUGGGUACAAACAUUUUAAUACAAAUAACGUAAGCGUUAAAUUUACUUCCACUGAAAUUAGUCGAGAAUUAUUUACAGUAUUUGUUUUUGAUUAAAACGUUUAACUGUAUUAAAUUUCAUACGAUGGUUUAGUGAAUACCAAUUUGUGUUAAGAAUGAUUUGAACAGUCGGUAAUUCAAUGAUGACAAUAAUUUACGAGAUCUAUGGUGAUCAAUAAUUUGAAUAAAGGAAAUACUCUUUAUAUAAUUUUAUAUACUCAAGAUACCUUUUAUACUUUUGAACUAUAGUUUUUAUUGAAACGAUAGUCUUUGUGUUGACCAAUCAUCUCAAUUAUGUAUUAUUUCAAAUAAAUAUAAUUGAUAUUGUGA